AUGCCUAUUAUGUCAAGCGUAGCAGACAUUUCUGCAAAUUCAACCCCUAGGCCACCAGGAUUUGAGAAUUUUAGGCCUUUGAGAGAAUACCCAUAUGGAAUGCCAUCUACUGCCAUGGCAGGACUUCAAAACAAUACUUCCAUAUAUACUCAACCCCAUAAUUCGGUUAUUUCGCGAAUUCAAAAUUCUUAUUCUGGCAUGAACCAUGUAGGUCGAAAUACCCAAUCACAAGGAGUCUCCACCCUAUUACCUACCCUUACAACGAAUAACCAGGCAACCUUUAGACAACAAAUGGAUGCUAGUAACCAUGAUAUGGUAGGAGUUCUUGCCAGAGAAAUGAAUACCAUUUUUUCUCCCCUAAUACAGAAUGUAAAUAGGACUAACAAUGAUAAUGCCCAAACAUACCAACAACUGUCAGCGCAGAUGGGACGCAUAACAGAUUUCCUAGGCGCCCCUCAGUCCUCUGUUCGACGCAGACCAAACCAAGUUAUAAUCCAGGAAGAAGAACCAACUAUAAAUCAGGUUCGACCACCUAGACAAGCGCCUGACGAAAGGGUCAUGGGGGCAAGAUUAGAACAACAACCAGUUCGACGGGAAGUCCCAGAAGAACAACCUAGGAGAGUAAUAAUGGUUAAUAGAGACCAGGAUGCAGACGAAGUAAUUCAUAGGGUUAGGCGAGAAAACAUGAUGGAAAAUGACUUAACUACGAUGAUAGAGAGAAUCAUGGCCCAUAAUGGUCUGAAUACAGGACUUCGAAGGCCAAAUUAUUCCUCUCCUUUAUUAGAAUACGUCCUACAAAAUGAAUUACCAAGGGGUUGUAAAAUCCCUAAGUUCACCAAAUUCUCAGGGGACACUAGUGAAUCCACUAUAGAACACAUAGCCAGAUACAUGACUGAGGCAGGGGAUUUGGCGAACAGUGAGAACCUAAGAAUGAAAUAUUUCCCCAGUUCUUUAACAAAGAAUGCCUUCACGUGGUUUAUAACUUUGCCACCAAAUUCCAUAGAUACUUGGCCUCAUUUGGAAAGAUUGUUUCAUGAACAAUUCUACAUGGGCCAAACUAAGAUAAGUCUUAAGGAAUUAGCCAGUAUCAAAAGAAAAUUCACUGAACUUAUAGAUGAUUAUCUGAAUAGGUUCUGUUUGUUGAAAUCUAGAUGCUUUACAAUAGUGCCUGAACAUGAGUUGGUCGAAAUGGCCGUUGGAGGUUUAGACUAUUCCAUUAGGAAAAAGUUAGAUACCCAAUAUCUAAGAGAUAUGGCCCAAUUAGCAGACAGGGUUCGACAGGUCGAACGUUUAAAAGCUGAAAAGGCUAGAGCGAAUAAGAAUUAUAAGAAAGAAAGGGUUGCUUAUGUCGGAUUCGAAGAUGGGGAGUCUGAAAUCUCUAAUGACCCUUAUGGUCUCGAGGAAUUCGAAGUAGAUUUGGCUGAAUUAAAAGAAGCGCCACCCUAUGCUUGUAAAUUACUUACACCUUCGAAUGGCAGGAACCCUGUCGAAACUGAAAAGAAUGAUAGAUUUCCUAAAAAGACUUACACAUUUGAUGUUACCAAAUGUGAUGAAAUCUUCAAUUUAUUAGUAAAAGAUGGCCAAAUGAUAGUGCCUCAUAAUACCAAAAUUCCUCCAUUAGAACAACGGAAGAAAAGAGGCUUCUGUAAAUAUCAUAAUUUUUUAGGCCAUAAAACCUCACAAUGCUUUCUUUUUAGGGAUCUUAUUCAGAAUACAAUUAAGGAUGGCUGCCUCAAGUUCUCUGACAAGAGGAAAACCAGAUGA